UGGGCGUGAAAAGAUUCGCGGUGUAGCGCUGUUGAGUUAAGUACGACGAAAUCGUCGCCUUCUUUCAAAAACAAACAUUGCUUUGCUCCGAAAUCAACCCCGAAAAUCAUAAUGCGUUCAGCGUCGCGUAGCAUAAUGGCGAGGGUGGUACCAGGACAGCAGAAGUUAGCUGAAAAGCUGAUUAUAUUGAAUAACCGUGCUGUUGGCAUGCUGACAAGGAUAUACAACAUUAAGAAAGCAUGCAGUGACAGCAGAUCAAAGCCAACAUAUUUAACGGACAAGGCAUUGGAAUCUGGGAUUAAGUUUAUUGUUCGAAAGUUUCCACAAGUGGACACGCGGAAUAACCAGAAUCAACUUGCUGGUGUAAAUAAUGCGAAGAAUGAAAUUCUUAAAGGACUUUCAUUAUACUACCACACGUUUGUUGAUGUAUUGGAAUUCAAGGAUCACUUCUAUGAGCUCCUUGCUACAUUCGACAGUCUUUCUAUAUACUUAGAUUUGACUGUCAAUUAUGACUUGACGUCACAUUUUCUUGAACUGAUCGUUCGUUACGCUUCACUGAUGAUACUUGUUUCGCGCAUCGACGACCGCAAAGCAAUCAUCGGACUUUAUGAUCAUGCUCAUGAUAUGAUUCAUGGGAAAAUGGAGAAGGAUUAUGCACGUCUUGGUCAAAUGAUCGUGGAUUUUGAAAAUCCACUCAAAAAGUUGGUGGAAGAUUUUGGAGCUCACAGUAGAUCCAUUCAGAAUGCAGUAAUGUCACUUCUUCAAAUUUAUCCACAAAGAAACAGUGGUGCAGAUGUAUGGAGAUCAUCAUCCUUGUUCAGUGUAAUUGCUACACCAGCACAGAUGCUUAACCCUGCUGUUACUGAUAAGAUGCAAUGUGAAUAUAUAAGCGUUGAGUCACUUGAACGUUGGAUUUAUUUCGGAUACUUGUUGUGCCACACAUCCAUGGUGUCAAGCCAGGAAGCCACAGCAGGUUUAUGGAGACCAGUACUACAGUCCAACUUCUGUUUGACUUUAUUCCGAGAUGAAGUGAUCAUGUUGCACAGAAGUGCUGAGGAAGUUUUCUCAUCAAUUAAAGGUUACAACAAGAAGAUAUCAGAAGUGAAGGAAUGUCGAGAUAUGGCAGCACAGCAGGCUGGUAAGAUCCACAAAGAUAAACGAAAGUAUCUUCGCUCAUCCAUGAAGGAAUUUGUUGCAGUUUUAACGGACCAACCUGGUUUGCUUGGACCAAAAACCUUAUUUGUGUUCAUGGCGUUAUCAUAUGCUCGUGAUGAGGUGAUGUGGUUAGCCAGAAACUCAAGUAACUUCAUCAAGAAAGUGAACGCAGAAGACUUUGUUGACAGGCACCUUGGUGAACUGUUAUUCUACAUGGAAGAAAUUCGCCAUCUUGUCCGUCGAUAUGAUGAAGUGGUGCAGCGAUAUUACGUGCAGUACAUGUAUGGAUACGACUCCGUUAUUCUGAAUGAAGCUGUUCAAAACUUAUCGGUGUGUCCUGAAGAUGAAUCCGUAAUUAUGACAUCAAUAGUGAACACUAUGACAUCACUGAGCAUAAAGCAAGUUGAACAGAAGGAGUUGUUUGAUUUUCGUGCCAUGCGUCUUGACUGGUUCCGACUACAGGCCUACACAAGUGUAAACAAAGCUGCGUUAAGUUUAAAGGACAAUGUUGUUCUCGCUAGAUUAAUGAACACGAUAUCUUUCCAUUGUAAAGUAGUGGAUGAGAUAGAUGAGGUGUUACAUGAAACGUCGGACCUUUCCAAUUUCUGUUUCUACCAAAACUUUUACGCGACUGCAUUCAAACGCUGCAUCGAGCUUCCUGCCCAGUCUCGCUACUCCAUCAUUUUCCCUCUCAUCUGCGGACACUUCGUCACCGCUGUCGGAGACUUCUGUCCGGAGGAGCGCUCCCAUGUCCGGGACCGAGCUCUUAACUGCGUCAAUCAGUUCUUGGAAGAGAUUGCGAAAGAAGCGAGGAAUCUUCUCUUUAACAUCGCAUCAGAGCAAAGCCAGUUGGCGGAAAAUUUACUGCCGAAAAACGCAGCUGUGAUGAUGAAACAAGGGUUGGUAAAGAAAGGUAAAGGAAAGAAACAUACCAAGGGUAAUGUACAAGAAACGACUAAACCUGGACUGGAAAGUAAAAGAAAGGACAGAUUAUAUGUUACAAGAAUGGACAAAUACCACAUGGCACUUGCAGAAGUUUGCAGCGCAAUUAACUACAGAGCUAACUUUGUUGUAUGGGAACAUACAUUUGCCCCCAAGGAGUAUUUGACGGCUCAUUUAGAAAGUCGUUUUGCUAAACAUUUAGUUUCCAUGACAUUUAACAAGGAAACAAGUGAAAUUGCGAAACCGAGUGAACUAUUGUGCAAGUUACGAGCUUAUAUGGCUACUUUGCAAACUGUGGAGAACUAUGUUCAUCUGGAUGUUACUCGAAUAUUCAACAGUGUAUUGCUGCAACAAAGUCAGAUGGUUGACAGCCAUGGUGAAACAACCAUCACUACAUUGUAUACGCAAUGGUACCUUGAAGUGAUGUUGCGACAAGUUAGUGGGGGCAGUACUGUUUUCUCGGAGAUGCGUCGACAUUUUGUUAAGGUGCCAAAUUAUGCUGACUCAUCAUCUAGCAACCAACCAAUCAUAAACGCCGAGGAGUAUUCAAAUAUCAACGAAUUGAAAGCACUUGCCCAGAUUAUUGGACCUUAUGGGAUGAAGUUUCUGAAUGAAAGUUUGGUGUGGCAUAUUGCUAGUCAGAUCACUGAACUUAAGCGAAUCACGAUCCAAAACAUGAAAUUGGUCACCGCGCUUCGCACCAGUAUCCACAAACCUGAUGCAAUGAUGGAACUUAUUUCCAACCUUGAUGGUGUGGAAAACUUCUUGCUCCGAAUGACGAUCAUUGGCGUCAUUUUCUCGUUCCGUGAUGUUGCUCAAGAAGCAUUGAACGAUGUGUUACAACAUCGUAUUCCAUUCCUUCUCGCUUCUAUUGCUGAUUUCAAGGAACACAUACCAAAGGAAACUGAUAUUAAGGUGACAAUAAACAUAAACGAGCUUGCAUCAGCUGCAGGGAUUCCAUGUGAGAUCGAUCCAACAUUGUGUGCAGCUCUAUCUGCACAGAAGAUUGAGAAUCCUGACGAGGAAUACAAAGUAGCUUGUUUGUUGAUGGUGUUUCUUGCUGUGGACAUUCCUGUUCUCGCUCGUAACGAGAGAUCGGUUUUCCUCCCCGAGCUCGUUGCCCACGGUAACAACUGCCAUUGUUUGGCGCGUGCAGUGAACCACGUAGCUGCUGCGCUCUUCACGGUUCAUCGAGGAACCGUGGAAGAUCGACUCAAGGAGUUUCUUGCUCUUGCAUCAUCAAGUCUCCUCAAGUUGGGACAGGAGACGGACAAAGUGAGCACGAGGAGCAGGGAGUCGGUUUAUCUCCUCCUUGAGAGGAUCAUCCACUUCUCUCCCUUCCUCACCAUGGACCUCCUCGAGUCUUGCUUUCCGUAUGUUUUGCUGCGAAACUCGUACCACGCUGUCCGUCGCAACCAACCAGCCAUGACUGGGCUUUCAAGAAACGAAUCAAUAUCUGCGACCGUCGCAUAAAUCAGCACAACUAAACUUUUGCUACUACUUUUGAAAUCGAAUAUUCAAAUUUGAGCACAACUAAACUUUCUGUACUACUUUGGAAUUAAAAAUUCAAAUUUGACUGUUUUUGUUAAAAUAUGAGACCUACUUUAAAUUUUGUCUUACCACAGUAAUAGUAAAAAAGUAAAUAUAAAUUAUGGUUUAGGACGAUCUGAAAAGCUUUGUCAUGUAUUCCAUGUUAUAUUAUGUGUAUCUGCUAAUUUUUGCGUUGUAUCAAAAUCAAGUGAACUUAAAUAUGCUGCUUAUAAUCGUGUUCAUAUUUGCAGCUAACCCAGAUAACUUAACGUGUUGUUUCAUGUUUUAUUUCUCGCACUUGUUCUCUGUAAAUCGUUGUUUACAUAUUUUCUGCUGAAUAUUAAAAAUUCUUCUCCAGUUGAAAUUAUAAUCAUUCUUUCAGUAAUCACUUAUGUGGGGAAUAAAAAAAACAACA